AUGUCGACAAAGCAUUUACGACGAUUGAUUGAAGAAAAGGAACUGGUGCAGGCAAAGGAAGACCCAGAAGAAGAAGAAACGGUCCAACAGCGAACUGGUCCAGUGAAUCGUUUCGCUGCUUUUAUAGAUGACGAAGAUGCUAGUCAGCACUCUGAAGGAAGUGAUGCAGGGAAUCCUCAGUCAUCUGCAAAACAGAAUGUGAAUCGGCAUCCUGAAAAAGAAGGAGAUCGGAAGGUCAAUAAAAAGAAAAAUAAAAAACAGAAGAAGAAGAAAGUGGAGGAAAUUGACGAAGAACAGUUACUGGAACAACUUGUGUUAGAGAAUCGCUCACAAGCUACGAGCUCGGAGGACUAUGAACCCCUAGGCGUCGAUCAAGUAAUCAAGACUGAUCCUCGGCUUUUUGAUGCCGCUGCAGAGCUCAAAAGAGCUUUAGGGAAGAGCUUUAAGAUGGAAGCAACAUCGAGCUCCAACCGUUCUCAUCGUUCAGCUCACAGUGUGGGUAAGCUCGUUAAGCAUAAGAAUACAUGGCCACCGAUAAGAAGUAUUGGUCUGUCUAUGGAAUUAGAUCAUGAGGCUGGCCAAGAAAAAUGGUUCAAGUUCGUCCACAAUGCGCAUUAUGAGCAGGUUGAAAGACUAUGCUGGGUAGCUGAAGAUUCGCUCGAUCACAGAAUAAUUGAAGAAAUACUCACCGACAAUCCAUAUCAUUUAAAUUCAUUGCUUUUGCUGGCCAACAUUUUCCGGAUGCAAGAAGAUAUUACUCAGUCAUGUGAUCUGAUAGAGCGAGGCAUUUUCUAUUGCGAACAAGCUAUGGCGAGUACUUUCCACGCCAGUUCGUUUUACCAUCGAAUUGAUUACUUGGAUUACGAGAAUCGAGCAUUUUAUUUACUGUUACAUCGCCAUAUGAUGAACUGUGUCCAUAAGCGAUGUUUCGAGACGGCACUGAACUAUGCGAAGCUGAUUCUGACCAUGGAUCCUCAGAGGGAUCCGCUCGCAGUGAUGCUGAUAAUUGACACAAUCGCGAUCAAAGCAAAACAAUACAGAUGGUUGAAAGAUUUUUAUCGAUGUUGCAAGGACUGGAAAAAUCUGAACAAAUUGCCGAAUUUCUGCUAUUCCAUGGCGUUAGCACAGUUCUUGGAUUCAAAAACUGAUGAGGAUUUCGAGCUUGCUGAUAUAAUGCUUUCCGAUGCGAUGUGUGCGUUCCCGGGAGUAGUAUCGGUGCUUUUGGAUAAACUACAAAUCGAGCCUGAUGCGCUCGUGGAGACCCAUCGACACUUUGGAACGUUUGCUCUCAACAAAGAAUCCGAUGGCUUGAAGAUGAUCUACAAAGUCUAUGUCAGUGAGAUUGCCGAGAUCUGGAAAGUGCCAGAAACUUUGUCAUGGUUGGAGCAUAUUACAAGGCAAUGUGCUCAAAAUGAGAACUAUCAAAAGGAGAUGGACAUUUGGAAAGAAAAACGUCAACGUUUAUUCGUCGGAAUUCCGCCCAAUAUUCGCCGCUUGGCCGUGCUACUUGGCUUCGAAUCAUCCUCUUCCAGCGUCACCGAUCCAGUUCCUCCUGUGAAUGGAAGGGCCCGAUAUACUCGUGAAGUUGCAAAUCCAAAUCGACCGGAUUCGUUUCUGUCUGGUUUCUUUCACUCGAUUUGGCCGGACUAUGACAGUGAAGAGCAUCUGCGUGAUGUACUGCAGAGAUUACGUGAACAAAUGCAACAAAUUCUAUUCGCUCCAGGCACUAGUUCUGAUCAGGCGAGACCACCAGAACCAGAUGUUGGCACCUGA